GACUGUCGAAACCCCACCAAACAAAGCAGAGCAUUUUCUUGUUUUUCAUCACUCUCUUAUCAUCUUUUCUUCUCGAUAUAUAUAUUACACAAUAUAUUUUGGUGUGGCCAAUAGUAUACUUUGUGUUUAGCUUAAAGAAGACAAUGAAGAGCAGGUUCUUCCUUUGUUUCCGUCCCAUUGUUGAGGACUCUGUUCUUCACAACCACGCUAUUGAUCGGUCUUCUCCAACUAUUAGAAAAAGAUGUGGCAAAAAUGAUCCAAUGUUUGAGUCAAGAAGUAAUUACAGGCGAAAUAGAAGGGACAAGUUCUUCAAAGCAUUACAUGGUGAUCGCUCAAGGAAUCAAAAAACACUAGUUUUGAAGGGUAAUCAUAACAAGCAAAGGGAAAUUACUUCAAUUGGCACUUUAUCUAAGGGAAAGCAGUCAUCAAGGCCAUAUUCAUACAACCACAGAAAUACCAUAAGUGCUUCAGCAGCAGCAAGUGAUGAAAUCAAGAAAUAUAGCUCAAGUGUUUAUUUGAUUAUUUUCGCCUUAUUCGCGUCCAUCUAUUUUAGAAGGGCUUAUGCAAUAGUCUUAACAUCGAUAUGGCUUCUCUUGUUCUCUUUGGUACCAAAGUCAAUUUGCAGGAUACUUGAAAAUUCUUUAUAGUCAGAUGUGGAGUACAAAAACAAAGCUAUGAUGGAUCUGUUGAAAUGAGAGUAACUUGAGUUAAUAUAACUGGAGUCAAGUUAUGGCAGUUAGUAGUUGACUAGAGUUAGUUGAAUAACUAAUUAUUGGAAGGUUAGUUAUGAUGUUGUAGUUAGAGUUCAACAACUGGCAAUUAGCUGCUAGCCAGUUAUUGGUUAGUGUUUAUUGUAUAUAAGUCUAAUUGCUUGAUUAAUCAAAUAUGAACUCUUCCAUUUUCCAAUCCAGUUCAGCUUGCUUCACAGGCUAAUCUCUCUUUGGUUUCCUCACUCUCAAUCUCCAUUAAAGCAGAGGUCAAGCUCUAUAGAGAUUCAUAGAAAUUCACAUGGUAUCAGAGCAUUUUGACUGUUAGUGCAGUCUCUUUCAAUCCUUAGAUCCAUUCUUCAACUCUGUAUUUCUAUUGGAAGCUGAAUCAUGACGAUUGACAAUAUGGAGCCAGUAAAACUAAGUCACAAUCAUCCGUUGUUUCUGUACUCAACAGACACUUUAGGAACUAUAUUAAUUUCUCUUCAACUGACUGGCCCAAAAAAUUACUCGAUAUUGGAGUUGCGCAAU